AGCACUCCUUACCACCUCUUCACCAAUGGCUCGGCAAUCGGCUUCAAGUCUCAAACUGGCAUCCUCCUCUCCCUACUUCCAGAAGGUGACAUUUCGUUGUCUCUUGAUUAUAGUGCGAAGAAUCCUACACCAGGUUCGAUCCGUGGCAGAAAGGCACUGUAGAAGAAAAUGGCCAAAGGCGGGAAGAAGGGAGGUAAAACGAGGAGGAAGGUCGGGAUGGUGAACGGAAGCCUGAGUGUGGUGCGCCAGAUUUGCACUCUUGUGGCGCACAAGUGCGUGAAGAUCCUUGCAGGCGUUCUUCGAGUUGAGAAUGCUGUUGAGAUCGCCAAAUCACAACCAUUGUUCUUUGAUACGCUGUGUCCUAUCCGGCUUCCAUCGGCCAUGGUUCCUCCUCCGCCUCCUUCUUCUCUGUGGAUCACCACCUCAAAGAUUCUUGCAAAGCUUGGUAGAUUUCAUUUCCCCGAAAUCUGGUUUUCUUCUAGUUCUUGGAGUUUAACAUUUAAUCUUAAAGGUUUUUGAUUUUUUAUUAAUUUGUUUGUUUAAUGCUCUGUUUGGUUGGAGAGAAACCUGCGGAAAAGAAAAGAAAGCAAGCCUUUCCGUUUUAUUGAUUCUCCUUUUGAUUAUGUUGGAGUAAUCAAUUCUCUUAGUGCCAUCAAUGUUACAUUUCUCCGAUUCUUCUAGUAAGUGUUUGAACUUUUCAAGAUUUUCUAAACUUGAAUCCAAAUUUCUUUCCUUUUUCUUUAGCUUUCUUAGAAACCAAACUGUGUAACAAAUUGGAAUUUAAGUA